AUGGAUCUCCACCCCCAAACCAUCACCCCCCAAACCUUCCAACACCUCCUAUCCCUCUACCCAAAAAAAGUGGACCUUCUCUCCCGCCGCAAAGCCGCCGCCAAGAUCAAGCGCAAACCGGUAGGGGCAGCGGCAGCAGCGGCACCAAAAACAAAACAGAAAUCAUCCUGGACAGCAACAGGCACGAGAUCAGAAGCAGAAGAAGAGUUCAUUACUGCUAAAGCUAAUGAGUUCUUGGCUCUCGAUGGGUUUAGGUAUGAGGGAUUACCGGGGAUGGUUGCUACGAGAGCAGAGAAGGAUGGGAAUGGGUACUUGGAGAAAGACGAGUUGGUGAAGUUGAUGGAGUGGAAGAUGCAACAUGGCACCUUUCGUCCGGCAUUACUAGGCAUGAUACGCUCGAAUUCAGAGGCUGUGGUUAGGGAUGCUACAGGGAAGGCAUUUAAAGCUCUCACCGCCCAUCAUACUUCUAAGGAAGGUGAUGAGGAGGAGAAGAAGUUUCCAAGCGAAGCGUUGGAUAUCCUGACGAAAGCGUUACGAGGCGUGGGAGUGGCUACGGCUUCGUUGGUGUUGUCGCUUGCUUCUACUGCGGAUGUACCGUUUUAUAGCGAUGAUGUGUAUUUGUGGGUUUGUAUGGAGGAGGUUCCGUCUCCUUCUACUUCUGGUUCUGGGGAGGGAGAGGCUCAGGCUGAAGCAGAGGCUGAAGCAGCAGAUAGAGUUAAAAGAGGGGUGUAUAAACGGUUGAAUGGCGAGUUGAAUGUCAAGUAUACGAUGAAGGAGUAUCGAGAGUUAUGGGAGGGGGUGAAAGGGUUGAAGGAGAGGUUAGAAGGGAAAGAAAAGGGAGUGUCUGGGUUGGAUGUGGAAAAGGUGGCGUUGGUGGUGAGGUAUUAUUAUGCUUUGUUGGGGGGUGGGCAGAGUGUUGAUGGGGAUGGGGAUGGUGGUGGUGGUGAUAAGAAGAGAUCUGAGGGAAUGAAGGUGGAGGAAGAGGAAGAAACUACUAAAAGGGAAAAGAGAAAGUUGGAGGAUGAACAGCCAACAGGAGAAGGCAGACGGAGAAGCAAGAGAUUGGACAGUCGCAGGAUCAAUCCUGCUUGA